ACGUGUGUCGUCGUAAAAGCACCCGUGGCAUCCCGCCGCGAGGAUGAGCGCCGUCGAGACGUCGAUCUGCAUUUCCGUGUUGUGCGUAUACAUCCUUAAAGCCACAUCACCGACGCGCAUUGUUAACCGUUUGGUUUACGCUGCCGAGCCUUCCUUGGAGAUUCUUCCGAGUGGAGAGACACAGACGAAGGCAAUCGGGUCCAGCAUCAUUCUGACUUGUAAUCCAAAGGUCGAAGACACAAAACUGAUCUCUGAUAUGCAAUGGAUCGAUCCGCAAGAUCGUGUGAUCGAGCCUUUGAAACUCGUCGUUUUGCCGAUCGAAAGCAACAUACCAGGCCAUUCAAAGCCGCCGAUGUACACCGAAUUGCACCAGGAUAACAGUUUGUCUUUGUUCUUCAACUCGCUGCAAGAGCAGCAGGCUGGGAAAUACACGUGCAAAGCCACUUACGCGAAUUCGAUUCAAUUGCAGAAGUCUGUGACGAUCGAUACUAUAGUUGCGAUCACUUGGGACAAUGCACCGCUCAAUCAAUACCCCAUUCUGGGCGAGGACUUCGCUAUUCAGUGCAAAGUGCGGGCAAGGCCUUCGCCUUCGGUCGACUGGCUGUACAACGGCGAAUUAAUUAAGACGAACGACCAUUACAUUAUAGACACGUAUGCACUGAAGAUAAAAAAUGUUCAAGAGUCGGAUGAUGGCGUUUACACUUGCCGCGCUUCCGUAUUUUCCACCGGUGAGCUCAAGGAACGACCUAUCCGCGUCGAGGUCCACAUACGGCCCACGGUGAGCGAGAUGCCCAACCCCAUAAACAUGAUCGAGGGAAAGGACGCGAGUAUAAAGUGCGAGGCCCGAGGCAAACCCCCCCCAAAAUUCACCUGGGUUAAGUCGUUGACCCACCAGAAUCUGUCCAACGUGGAUCGUUUCUCGGUCGAUCCGGACACGGGCGUGCUCACGAUCACCAAUGUGAACAGGGACGACGCAGGGGAGUACCAGUGCACGGCCACGAAUCUGGCUGGGACGGCGAACACCAACAUCAUGGUGAACGUGAUCGUCAAGCCCAAGAUCAUCGAGUUCUUGAACAGCACGGUGGUCGAGGACAAAGAGGCGACGCUGGUGUGCAAGGCGUUCGGCAGGCCGCCCCCCCAAGUCACUUUCAGGAAGCUAACCGCGGAGAAGGCGUACGUAAAGGGUCCCCAAUUGGACGACGACAGGAUCAUACUCGAGAACAGUGGCGAUGACAGCGAGACCAUCGGCACGCUGACCAUCAGCCAGUCCCUCAGAUCGAACGACGGUUUGUACGAGUGUAUCGCGCAGAACGCCGGUGGUGACGCGCGUAGAAUCGGCCAUCUAACCGUCGAGUUUCCACCAUCGUUCGCCUCCAUGUCGAACACAAGCGUGUGGUCGUGGGACCAGAAACCCGUGAACAUCAGCUGCAUAGCCGAGAGCAUACCGAACGCCACCAUACGUUGGACCAUGUACGGCGAUCAGAAGAUCGACAAUGACAAGAUGAUCACGCAAAUCGGUAACGGGCCACGAUCUAUACUCACCAUCGUCCCCUUGGACAAGCGGUAUUACACCACUUACAAGUGCAUCGCGUCCAACGCGCACGGGACGCGGCAACGGAACAUCGAGUUGAGGGAGGCCACGAAGCCGGGCGAGAUGUUGCAGGCGAAGAUGGCCGAGAUCACCGCGACCACGAUUAGGUUCGAUCUUGUACCGCCUAGUACGCAUCCCGAGCAACCUCUCAGAACGAUUAACGUGCAGUAUAAGGAGGACGGGCAGACGUGGAUUCAGGCUAGGAACAAGACGUGGUCUGUCGAUUCGUACUACGUGCUCGAAGGUCUGAAACCGCAGACUAUGUACGAGUUCCGGUUCGCGGCCAGAAACGAUGUCGGUCUUGGUAAUUGGGGGGCGUUACACCGCGAGAUGACGCCCGGAAGGACGGUUCCUAACGAGCCGAAGAUAGUAAUGUCGAGGGAGGAGUACGAUAUGUCCAGGUACAGCAAUCAAUACGAGUUGACCUGGCUGGCGCCGGCUGAUAACGGCGAGCCGAUCGACAUGUACCAGAUCAAAUAUUGCCAAAUAAGACGCGUUUCCGGCGAAUGGGAGACGUUGGAGGAUACCUGCCGGACGGAGGACAUUAGGACGCAGGGAAGAGUGAGGCAUUGGUUGAGAAAUCUCUACUCGGACACGUUCUACAAGGUCGAGUUGAAGGCGCACAACGCGAUAGGUUUCAGUAAGCCUGGAUCAGCGAAGUUUAAGACGGCCAGGGAAUCUACGGGCCUCAAUGUGGACUACAAUUUAGAUACUUCCGCUGGAGGUACUCGCAAGCUCGCCGUGACCGCCAUUGCAACAGCAAUAACGAUCCUAUUCCUAGCUAUUUAAAAGAGUAAUAAAAGUAAAAACGAUUGAAAAAUAAGAUACAAAGUAAUAAAAAAUAAACGACUAAAAAAAAAAAGAAAACUAUAGAGAAAUAUAAAAGAUCAUCGUCAGGAACGGUCGCUGUUCACGUUCUAAUCUUUCCGUUUAUAGUGUAUACACGUUUAAAGAAAAGAAAGUAAUAUGCGAAUACGAACGUACUGUGUAUGACUAUAGGGAGAGUACAACCAGGGACACGUACACAAUUUUGGGUAAAAAAAAAAAAAAAAAAAAGAAAAAAAAAGAAACACGGAUUAAAAGAAGGAACGAAAAGAGAAAAAGAAAAAAAGGAGGGGGGGAAGGGGAUUAUAUACGUAUUUUCGUGUUCGACAAAUUCUCACUUUUUCACCCUCGUAUAACAGGCGACGGUUUUCUGACGCGUGUCUGACUUUUGGAAAACACAGUCGAACAUUUCGCUACUACGUAUUACGAGAAAAAAGAAACACACACACACAAACCAAACAUAAACCAUACACAUGCAUAGAUUAUACAUUAACGAUUAAUGUAAAAUGAAUCCAUUUAGACUGGUGCACAACAUUCCGAGUAGAAAUGUUAGCGGAUAAGUGGGGGUUGUUCGAUGAUGAUGGAAAGUUAGAAACGCAGUGAGAAACAACGAGAAAGAUCGCGAUGCUUCGUGAAAUAGUAGGAUGUUUUUCACGGUGUAUUUGAUCGAAUUGUAUCGAAUUUCACGGUAUAUUUGUCGGAUAUACUUGUUCGUGACGUUCAAAUAUAUAUAUAUAUAAUAUCGGGACGUUUUUGUAUUACGCGAAGGUAAAGUGCUUUUCUUUUGAGGAUUCGCAUGAGCUGCCAUCUGGUGAUCGAAAGAGGUAUAUUCAUUCCAAUAAGAAAUACUAAAGAUUGAUCGAAAUAUGAUUUUUAUACGCGAGAUAGAGAAAAAGAAUGAAAGAUAUUAUUUUGAAAUUAUUAAUAUUGAUAUUAUAAUUUAUUAUAUUGAACAUUUUCAACAACGAAUUAAAAGACUGUAAAUUAUGUUCGAUUGUUGAAAUCAUUUUAAAUCAAUAUAAAAAUUUCGUGAAAUAAUGUUAGAUUUUUAACGAAUGUGAUAAUAAAUUUUCAUAUUGUGUCGAUACAAAGCUUUCGAAAAUAUGGAAUUGGUGCGUUGGUAAACGAAACGAACAUUUCCAUGGUCGUAAAACAAUGUUCGAAUGAAAAUUACAAAUUGCUCAUUUGGCGAAUUGCCAACGAAGAAUAUUAAAAGUGUAAAUCGAUCGAAAUUAUUCCAUGAAAAUUUUCAAUGCUGAUUAAGCAUUGAAAAUUCUGCAAUAAUCACGACUGACCCAUUCUCGAAUGCAGAGAAACUCUUCCACCUCGAAAAAUAGUUUAUCGAUACGAUAUUACUACGAUCACCGAUGCAUCCAAUGCAUCUGCACAUAAAUUGCGAAUCUAUUUUAGCGUACAGUAAGGGCUUUUGCGGGUCUGAUAUAUACGUACUGCCUUAAAUUGCCAAAUUUCUAGUGUUAGAAAUACGCGCAAAUCAGUGAAAACGAAUGGUUACUAUCGAACGGGCAACGAGCAUUCACAAGAAUCGGAAAUAUACGAUUUUUCGAUAUAAAAAAACGGAAUAAGAUCCAAUUAUAAACAGGCAGCCCGUUUAUUAUUUGAUUGUAUUUCAACUAUAUCCAUCGGAUUCGUUAAAAAUAUUCUCUUGUUUCUCGCCAUUUAGCAGAGUACAAAUAUUUUUGGAGAGUAAUUUUUCGCGAUUCUCGCGGUUCGAUUUGCAACGAAAAAAAAAAUUCGAUAUAAUAAAAAGGAGAGGAUAACGAUUAAUAGAAAGAAAAAUUUAAUAUUCGUUGUUCAUACGUAAAAAUUUUAAAGAUAUGCGAGGUUUCGAAAUUACGCGCUCGGAAAAAUUUCGGCGAAAUCGACGUAGAUCUCGAUACGACUGAACCCCUUGAUUCCCACGAAUCGAUCCGAAACAAUACGAAAGUAAUCGAAAUCUCGACCGAUCCUAGCCGAAGUUUUCCGAAGAUCUUGAAAUUAUACAUUCGGGUUCCGAUCGGAAAAAUUCGGGCGAAAUCGAUUGAGAUUUCGAACGAAAAAAAAAAUAUGGAAAUAUUUCGAGAUCUUCAUCGAUCUUGUUCGAAUUUUUUCUAUCUGUCCCUGAAGUUUCGAUUUCUGAACCUCGGCAUAUAUUACUUAAUAAGAAAUAUCGAUGUAAUUCGUUACCAUUUCUCUACACGUCCGUUAAAUAAAAAUUCCAAAAAUAAUCCGGGAAUCGUCCGCGAAAAAAUCCGUUUUCGUCCGAGCUGAACUAUAUAAUAUAUAACAAAUGUGUGUGGCUAACUGUUUUCUCUUCUUUGUUUGUGGGGUUUUUAUUUUUUUUUAUUUUUUUUUAUUUUUUUUUUUUUAUUUUGUUUUUCUUACCAAUUUUCUCGUCCAUCUCGAGAAAGGGAUAUCCGGAGCGUUUUCCACACGCUACACGUUUUUAGAGCCAAAGAGAAGGAUACACUUGCAGAUACUUAAAUCACGAUUCACGUGUUCCUCGCAAAACUGACACUUCUCCCACACUUCUCAAAAGAACUCGCGUUGAACACACGUUACACAAUGAUCAUCGAACGAUGAUUAUAGGUUACACGAGUAAUCACGGGUUCUGAAAAAAAAAAAAAAAGAUAUAAUAAGUAAUGAUAAAUAAACAAAUACUAAAACGAAACCCGACAGCAUCCGCACGAAACUGGAAAAAAGCACCUUUUUUUCUUAACCAUUUAUACUUUUAGAUUGCGCCUAAAAAUUAGUUUUCUUAGCUGGGUUAAUUUUCAGCUAAUCGCAUAUACGAUUUUUUCUCUCCUCUUGUGUAUGGUUUUUUUAAUACAUUUUUGUUUUUUUUAUCUUUGUUUUUUUUUUUUUUUUUUUUUUUUUAAAUAAUUGUUUCUCUCUGGGAAAAUUGAUUAACUUUUUUACCAAAUCAUCGGACUUAGUCCUGCUUGACUAGCUCUUGGACCAUACGUGUUUAGUGCGCAUGAUGUGUGUUAUUAUUAUUACGGUUAUUAUUAUUAUUAUUAUUAUUAUUAUUAUUAAUAUUAUUAUCAUUAAUUUUAUCAUUGCUAUUAGCGUUAUUAUUAUUACAAUUAUGAUUAUUAUUAUUAUGAUUAUUAUUAUUAUUAUUAUUAUUCUAUUAUUCACUGCGUACAUAGCUGCUACGAUUUAUUAUAAUUACUUAUUAUUAUUAUCAUCAUCAUUAUCAUCAUUAUUGUUAUUAUCAUCAUCGUCGCUAUAUGAUAUUAUUAAAUAUUCUCAUCAAUUAGUUUUACCGUUCACACCAAUCUUGUAUACCAUGUGUGUAUUCGUCAUUACCAUUAGUAUUAUCGUCAACAACCACGUCACGAUUAUCGUUUUAAAAAAAAAAAAAAAAAAAAAAAAAA